AUGGACCUCUCAUCAACCCAUAUAAUAUAUAAAACAUAAAAUUAAACCCAAAAAAGGGUAUUGAAGCAAAAUUUGCUUGUCCUUCUCUAUCAUAAUCUUUUGGCCUUUCUUUGUCAAAAUAAAGAAACCCAUUUCUUUCAUACCCUUAAAAAUCUGGAAAUUCGUAAGAAAUCUCCUUUCUCUCUUAACUACUUCUUCUUGUGACAUCACAACUGCUCUUGCUUUGUUCUCUUUUUUUCCCUUUAUUUUCUCUUUGGGAGGGGGGCUGUAGUUUGUAGCUGAAUCUUGGGCUUGUUCCUUUGAGUUGUGAUCCUUUGCUUAGAUUUGACAAAUAUAUAUUUUUUGUUUAAUUUUGGAAGAGUAAGACUCGGAAGAGGAAAUGGAGAUUUGGGGAUGGGUUUUUAUUGGAAUUCUUUUUCUUGCCGAUUUUGUUGUCAAAAUUGAGCCUUUCAAGCUGGGUCGUAGUCAACCUACUGAGAGAAUUUCAGGCAGUGCUGGUGAUGUCUUGGAAGAUAAUCCAGUUGGAAGGUUGAAAGUCUUUGUUUAUGAACUUCCUAGCAAAUACAACAAGAAGAUAUUGCAGAAGGACCCAAGAUGCCUCAACCACAUGUUUGCUGCUGAGAUCUACAUGCAUAGGUUUCUUUUAUCAAGUCCUGUCCGAACCCUCAACCCUGAGGAGGCUGAUUGGUUUUACACUCCUGUAUACACUACAUGUGACCUUACACCAAAUGGCCUUCCUUUGCCAUUUAAGUCGCCACGAAUGAUGAGAAGUGCAAUUCAGCUUAUUUCUUCGAAUUGGCCUUAUUGGAACCGGACAGAAGGAGCUGAUCACUUCUUUCUAGUGCCACAUGACUUUGGAGCAUGCUUCCAUUAUCAAGAGGAGAAAGCUAUUGAAAGGGGGAUUCUUCCCUUACUCCAACGAGCCACAUUGGUCCAAACUUUUGGACAACGGAAUCAUGUUUGCCUGAAAGAGGGCUCAAUUACAAUUCCACCAUAUGCUCCACCCCAGAAAAUGCAAACACACCUGAUUCCUGACAAAACUCCUAGGUCCAUUUUUGUUUACUUCCGUGGACUGUUUUAUGAUGUUGGAAAUGACCCUGAAGGCGGUUACUAUGCAAGGGGGGCUAGAGCAGCAGUAUGGGAGAACUUCAAGGACAACCCACUUUUUGACAUUUCAACCGAGCACCCAACUACCUACUAUGAGGACAUGCAACGAGCUGUAUUUUGUUUGUGCCCACUUGGAUGGGCACCUUGGAGCCCUAGAUUGGUUGAAGCAGUGAUAUUCGGAUGCAUUCCUGUUAUUAUAGCAGAUGACAUUGUUCUACCUUUUGCGGAUGCAAUUCCAUGGGAAGAAAUUGGAGUUUUUGUUGACGAGAAAGAUGUGCCCAACUUGGACACGAUACUCACAUCAAUCCCACCAGAAGUAAUACUAAGAAAGCAGAGAUUGCUUGCUAACCCUUCAAUGAAGCAGGCAAUGUUAUUCCCCCAACCUGCUCAACCCGGAGAUGCUUUCCAUCAAGUUUUGAAUGGGCUUGCGCGUAAGUUGCCGCAUGACAAGAGCGUGUACUUGAAGCCUGGUGAAAGGGUGUUGAAUUGGACAGCUGGCCCUGUUGGUGAUCUGAAACCUUGGUAGCAGUUGUAACAUCAAAUUCCUAAAACCUUCCAGCACUCUGCUGAUUUGACCUACCUCUGAACGUUAUCGGGGUUUAUCUGUGUAAGUGAUCCAGAGAUACAAAAAAUGUAGAACAUAAUUCUUCCAAAAUGAAUUAGAAUAUUGGUCUUUGUUUUGCAGCUUUAGCAAUGUGAUUGUUCCUUGUAUGUUAUCUCAGAAUUGAUUAAUUCAAAGAAACUACAUCAUUAUAGGUUGAUAA